UGCUUGAAUCAGGAGCUAAACAUACUGUAUCACGAGUUGGUCACCAAAAAAGAAAGGAGGAAAUCCCUUUUCCUGUGUUCUUGUGCAGCAAAAUGAGAAGUUUAAAGUCACGCAAGGCUGAAAAAAAAGACUGGGGUUUCUGCAUCCGACAGGUGGUAACAGAGAGAGAGUGUGAAGGAGUGUCGAGCCCUCUGCUCGUAAUAACCUUUGAGCCUGGUAAAAUUGUGAUGUAACUCAGUGUAAGGACCUUAAAGCACGUUGCUGCCGGAGUAUUAAGGGAUUCAUGUUUAGCCUGACAACUACACUGAUCAGUGCACAACUGGUAAAAGAUCUUGAAUAAUAACCACCAGAAACUACUAUAGUAAAAAUGAAGGACUUCCCUUCAGAAAAACAGAAAGUUGAAGGAGUUUCUUUUAAACAAAGAAGAGAUAGUUCAUCUGCCAUGAGUGCCUUUCCAGAAGGUCCCCCGGUUCUAGAUUACAGGGAACCAGAACCUCCACCUAAGAAGCACAAGUACCAACAAAGCUUGAAAACUCUCAUCCCAUUUCGUUUUGCGUCAAAUUCACACCCGGUUGAUGAUGCUGGAUUCUUCUCCUUCACAUCGUUUUCAUGGAUGACACCCAUGAUGUGGAGGCUCUUCCGAAAUCGAUUAGAUGAAGACUCUCUUUUCCUCUCCCCUCAUGAUGGAGCUCACAUCAAUGGAGAGAGAUUCCAGAGACUGUGGGAUGAAGAAGUUGCCCGUGUGGGUCUUGAGAAGGCGUCUCUUUCUGCCGUGAUCAUGCGUUUUCAGAAGACAAGAUUUAUAGUGUCAUUCUUGGCCUCUGUCAUGUUUGCUUUUGCUGUAUUUGUUGGUCCGUCAAUUCUAGUAUAUGAAAUCCUGAACUAUGUCGAGCAGUCUGAACCGUCUACAGUGGUGCAUGGUGUCGGUGUGUGUGUGGCUCUUUUCCUCACGGAGUUCAGCAAGGCAUUUUUUGCAUCCGUCCUGUGGGCUGUGAACUUGAGGACAGCUGUGAGAGUGAAGGGAGCAUUCUCCAUGCUUGCUUUCAAGAAAAUCAUCUCUCUUAGGAGUCUUACUACUAUCACUGUAGGAGAGACGAUAAACGUCUUGACGAGUGAUGGCUAUCGGUUGUUUGAUGCGGUCAUAUUUGGGACAUUUCUGCUGUGUGUUCCAGUACUGCUGAUCAUCUGUAUCAUAUAUGCCUGCUUUAUUCUUGGAUACACAGCACUUAUUGGAAUUCUAGUGUAUUUGAUCUUCCUUCCAAUACAGUUCUCUAUCGCCAGGCUGAUCGGUGUGUUCAGAAGGCGGGCUGUAUCUGUGACAGAUAAACGAGUUCGCACCAUGAAUGAGGUUCUGACUUGCAUCAAGCUCAUUAAGAUGUAUGCAUGGGAGGAGUCUUUUGAGAAGUCAAUCACAGACAUCAGGAAAAACGAGAAGCUGCUAUUACAAAAGGCUGGUUAUGUUCAGAGUUUAAACUCUUCUUUAACGACGAUAGUUCCCACGCUAGCGACCAUCGUCACCUUCAUCGUCCACACAUCACUGAAACUGCCACUUCUACCUUCUACUGCCUACACUAUCAUCGCUGUAUUUAACUGCAUGAGGAUGUCAAUGGGCUUGUUGCCAUUCUCUGUUAAAGCUGUGGCUGAGGCUAAAGUGGCUCUAACUAGACUCAAGAGGAUCAUGCUGGUUCAGAACCCCAAAGGUUAUCUUACUCAGGAUAAAAAUAUGGAUUUGGCACUGGUCAUGGAAAAGGCCACAUUCUCCUGGAGUCCAACAGAUGACAAAAACACCAGCCAGAUGCCUGAAAACCCCUCUCAAAAUGGCAAACACAAGGCAGAGUCUCAACCGUCACUCAGAAACAUCAGCUUGACUCUUUCAAAGGGAAGUUUGCUUGGGGUGUGUGGAAAUGUCGGAAGUGGAAAAACCUCUCUGAUAUCAAGUAUUCUCGAGCAGAUGCAUCUUCUGAGUGGAUCUGUAUCAGCAAAUGGAACAUUAGCAUACGUUUCCCAACAAGCCUGGAUAUUCCAUGGGACUGUACGAGACAAUAUCCUUAUGGGAGAACCAUUUGAUGAAGCCAGAUAUGCCAGUGUUAUUAACGCUUGCUGUCUAAAGCCUGAUCUGGCUAUACUUCCAUAUGGAGACCAGACAGAGAUUGGAGAGCGAGGUAUUAAUCUUUCAGGUGGUCAGAAGCAAAGGGUCAGUUUGGCCAGGGCAGUGUAUUCUAACAGAGACAUCUUCCUUUUGGAUGAUCCUCUGUCUGCUGUCGAUGCACAUGUUGGGAAGCAUAUAUUUGAAGAAUGCAUCAAGAAAGAAUUGAAAGGCAAAUCAGUGAUCCUGGUCACUCAUCAGCUGCAGUAUUUGGAGUUUUGUGAUGAAGUCAUGCUGUUGGAUAAUGGGGAGAUAAAGGAGGCUGGAACUCACAGUGAUUUGAUGAAAACUAAAGGCCGCUACUCUCAGCUUAUUACCAAUGUGCAUCUGGAACAGAAUAACGAAAGAGCUGAUUCCAAACCACAAACUGAACACAAUGAUUCUGAACAGACCAAUCCAGAUGAGCCCAAAGCCAAUGGAAUUGAAAACCCAGCGUUUGAUAUGUCUGAUGAGAAACCUGCAACAAACGAAACACCCAAAGACUCUUCAGAAACAAAAGGGAAAAAGGAUCAAUUAGUGACACGAGAAGUGGCCCAAGAAGGUUCAGUUACGUGGAGGACUUACCAUCAAUACUGCCAAGCAGCUGGAGGCUAUAUACUGUUGUUUCUUGUUGUCCUUCUCUUCACGCUUCUUGUGGGAUCGACUGCUUUCAGCAACUGGUGGCUCAGCUACUGGUUGGACCAGGGAUCAGGGAACAAUUCCAGCUCUAAUGCAACAUCAAACAGCGGUAAUAUCUCUGAGAAUCCGGACCUGUCGUUCUACCAAAUGGUUUAUGGUGUUAUUAUCAUUGCCAUGAUCGUGCUGAGUAUUCUCAAGGGCUACACCUUCACUAAAGUCACUCUGCGUUCCUCUUCCAAACUCCAUGACACCAUGUUCAAACGGAUCCUUGGCAGCCCAAUGAGUUUUUUUGACACAACUCCAACUGGCCGCCUGGUGAACCGCUUCAGCAAAGACCAAGAUGAAGUGGAUGCAGUUUUGCCGUUCAACAUGGAGAACUUUCUGCAGUUCUGUCUGAUUGUUACGUUCACUCUUCUCACCAUCUGCAUAGUCUUCCCAUUCCUUCUGAUCGCCGUGGUCAUUCUCGGACUCAUCUUCGCCACAAUCCUAUAUGUUUUCCAAAGAAGCAUCCGUCAUAUGAAGAGAAUGGAGAAUGUGAGUCGUUCCCCUUGGAUUUCUCUCACCACCUCUACCAUACAGGGGCUCAGCACCAUCCAUGCCUACGACAAAAGGCAACAGUACAUUGAACGGUUUAAGAUGCUGAGUGACAAUAACUCCAACCAUUUCAUGCUGUUUAAUGCUGGAACCCGUUGGCUGUCAUUCUGGUUGGAUGUCCUGUCUGCUACUGUUACUCUAAUAGUGUCACUAUUUGUUGUGCUCAGCCCCAAUGAGACCAUAAACCCUUCUCUGAAAGGUCUGGCCUUGUCUUACACCAUACAGUUGACUGGAAUCCUUCAAUUUGUGGUGCGAUUGUCCACCGAGGUGGAGGCGAAGUUCACCAGCGUAGAGAGACUGCUGGAGUAUAUUACGAGUUGUGUUUCAGAGGGUCCACGAAGAGUCAAGGAUGCCAACAUCCCUGCCGGUUGGCCACAAGAGGGCACCAUUACCUUUAAAAACUACAGUAUGAGAUAUAGAGACAACACUCCAAUAGUCCUUGAUAAUCUCAACAUAACUAUUAGGCCAGGGGAAAAACUCGGCAUUGUGGGACGCACUGGCUCUGGGAAAUCUUCUCUGGGUGUAGCAUUGUUUCGUUUGGCAGAGCCGGCUGAGGGCACUAUUUUAAUAGAUGAUAUGGACAUCUGCAAACUGGGGCUCAAAGACCUUCGCAGUCAACUCUCGGUCAUACCACAGGAUCCUGUACUCUUCAUCGGCACCGUCAGGUAUAACCUGGACCCUUUUAACAACUACAAAGAUGAAGAGCUUUGGCUGGCUUUAGAAAAGACCUACAUGAAGGAUACGAUUUCUAAGCUGCCAGAGAAGCUGCAGUCUCCUGUAGUGGAGAAUGGAGAGAAUUUCUCUGUGGGCGAGCGGCAGCUCAUGUGUAUGGCCAGAGCACUGCUGCGCAACUCCAAAAUCAUUCUGUUGGAUGAAGCGACAGCUUCGAUAGACUCGGAGACUGACAGCUUGAUCCAGCACACCAUUAGAGAUGGUUUCCAGCACUGCACUAUGCUCACAAUCGCCCACAGAAUCAACACAGUACUGGAGAGUGACCGGAUACUCGUCAUGGACCAGGGCAAGGUGAUUGAGUUUGAUCCACCGCAGGACCUGAUUCAGAGACCCAACUCUUUAUUUGCAUCACUUCUAGCAGCAGCGAAUCAAGUCAACACGUGAAGCUCUCACAAACAUUCACAUUCUCUUCUAGACAUGCAUUCAAAUCUCAUACAUUUAUUCAGGAAGUCAACCUGAAGGAGUUUACCACAUCUUUUAUACAGAACAUUUGUGACUUCAUACCUCAAUCUUAACAUAUAUGCUAUCAAUAACAUGCCAGAGCACACUUCACACGUUUGAACUGUACAUUAACAGGUAAAAGCACAUGGAUUUGCACUUUUUUAUAUAAAGUAAGCUGCACAGUAAAUUUUUCUCCAGAGAUUCACCAGUCUUUUGUGUGUAGACACAGCAUUUACAGACGAUGUGUAAAAUAUUUUCAUAGGUUCAUCAGAUGUAUAUAUAAAAAUAUUUAUUUGAUUUUUAUAAGUAUAAAACAUGUAUUAGGGAAACUGUUCACAAAUAAAACCUAAUUUCUGUCUUGUA